AUGGGGAGAGAGCGAACCGUCGUGGAUCAUCGGAAGACGGUGGAAGAAAUCUACAUGGACGUGAGCCGAGCUUCGAUACCCAAGCGAGAAAUCAUGGGCGAGUUUUCAAGGGCGGGCGAAUCGAUUACCAAGGACAGCGAAUUCUGCCCGUUUCUUGCCCGUCUUUUACAUGUCCUGGAUAUUUACUCCGACUCCGUGCAUCAGAUUCUUCUUCCCCGAAACGAGGAACACACUCCAUUGUUGGCAAACAUGGCAGCACGUAUGGUCUUUGACGCCUGCGGUUCCUAA